UCCAGCCGACACAUCCUGUAACAGUAGUUCCUAUGAGCAGAACAACGUUAGCUAAACACAAACAUGUCGUGAUAAUCGAUCAUAUUUGUAUUUAAAUACCGCCGGAAAAUAUGACUAGGUUUCUGAGAAAACUCUUCAUCUUUUAUGUUUUGCUUCUUAUUUUGCAAGAUUCAAGUGUUUGUAGAUUUUUAUGUGUGGGAGCACAAGAAAAGGAUGAGUCGCUGGAGCUCAGUGACACGGUUUCUGACCUGGAGAACAGCCCCAAGUUUGUGGAGUCAGAAGAUCUGGAAUCUUUGCCCAAAAUGCAGUUCAAGACAGCUGAGAUUGCAGAUGCUGUGAUGGGCACCGAAGCUGUCAUUGAUCCGUCGGACAUAGAGUCCCUCUUCCCUAAAAAUGUGAAAGACUUUCAGUCAGGCUUCUCGCCGCCUCUUGAGGACAGUGGUGCUCAGUUUAGUUCACCUGAUCUGGCAGCAGAAGAAGAGUCAGUGGAGGAGAAGAGCACUGAAACAUCUCAGCAGGUUACUCUUGACAUAGUGCAUGCAGAUGUCACAACAACUGAAGAACACAACACCACAGAAAGUGGCAAGACGUACAAGGUGAACUGUGACAAGAGGAACAUCACUGGAAUGGACAAUUUCACUGUGCAGGUCCUCAACGCAUCACAGGACCUGAUGGAGUUCCUGAAUGCUAACAGCACUGAGUGCUCUGUGGUGUUGUUCUUCACCAUCUGGUGUCAGUUCUCAGCCAGCCUGGCUCCUCACUUUAACGCCCUGCCCAGAGUCUUUCCCAGCAUGCAUUUCCUGGCACUGGAUGCCUCUCAGCACAGUAGCCUCUCUACGAGGUUUGGGACUGUGGCAGUGCCCAACAUCCUUCUGUUCCAGGGGGCCAAACCGAUGGCUCGCUUCAACCACACGGAUAGAACGCUGGAGACACUCACCACCUUCAUCACUAACCAGACAGGAUUUGAAGCCGGCCCCGACAAGAACGUGACGGACGCAGAUCACCUGGGUCCCCUCCACAGUGUCUCAGUGCAAAGCAUUGACUGGUUGCUGGUCUUCUCCAUCCUCUUCAUCACAGGCUUUACUCUGUACGCCGUCCUGCGAACAGAAAGCAUCCGAUGGCUCAUACCGGGACAGGAGCACGAGCACCAGGAAUGAAAAUCUGCACAUCACGUUUCUCUGGAUGUAAACAAUAAAUAAAUAGAUUUAUUUAUAGAUGUAAACACACAAUAAAUAGUUUGUUUUUUUUAAAUUACAGUUGUAAAUCUGCUGCAUUUGAUAAAUGAUACUGAACAAUAAGGUGCUGUGUUUUCCUGUCAUGCCCCGUAAUCCCAAGGUACAAAGUGCAGAAAAUAUGUGCUUCAUUGAAAGGAAUCAAAACAUAAACAAGUUACGUUCACAAA